AUGGCUCCUCUGAGUAUCUCAAAGGGGUCAUCUCCCUCCCCCACGCGCGGAGAAUCCUACGUCCAAAUGGCCGAUACCGAUCUCGAAUCAAUCGGCCGCCACUGCCAAUUUGAAUACUGUGGUCAACUCGACUUUCUUCCCUUUCGAUGCGAAUCAUGCAGGAGUACCUUCUGUCUUGAUCACCGAUCUGAAACAGCUCACAAGUGCCCUCACGCCGGGGAAUGGGCGCGCCGGCGCAACGGCGCAACGAAUCCACAAGGGAACAGCACGCCGCCUGAAAAACCCAACAUCUACAACUCAGAUCAAUGCGCCGACGUCUCAUGCAAAACGCUGAUCAACACCCUCAAAGACCCCGGUGUGCGCUGUCCCAACUGCAAUCGCCAGUACUGUCUCAAGCACCGAUUACGAGAAGAACAUGACUGCGCCAAGCUUACCCCGCUAGGCGCUCGGCAAGGCCCCAGCCCCAACGAGACCAUCAAGUCGAUGUUCUCGCGGAUGCGAACCUGGGGCAAGGAGAAGCAAGAGGCGACGUCCAAGCUGAUUCCCAAGCCCAAAGUGAAGCCCAAUAGUCCUGCAGCACGCUUGGCCAGCGUGAACCAGAUGAAGCGGACGGCAAAGGGCGAGGCGGCCGUACCGGCCGAUAAACGCAUAUACCUUCACGUGGUUGGGACGGCGGAUACGCAGGCUGCUGAGCCCCCCGCUGGGGACCUCUACUUUGAUACGAGGUGGAAAGUUGGUCGGGUUCUCGAUGACGCUGCGCGCAGGCUGAAGGUGGAGAAUUUGAACAACCGUGGGGGCGGGGAGGAGGCGCGGUUGCGGAUAUUCCAUGUUGAGUCGGGAGACUUCUUGGAAUUCUCGCAAACGAUCGGAGAAGGGAAACUGAAAUCAGGUGAUACCAUUGUACUGCUGCGCGGUGCUGGGCUAGUCCUGGAGAAAGCCUGA